AUGGAUAGCAAUAAAAACAAGGAGUGCUGUUACAGCAACGGUGGCGGUGGGCUUACCGUAGUCAUUGGUACGGACUGUAUCGCCAAGGCAGUGUCUGCUGCAAAGUACCAGAAUCAGUUCAACAACAACAACCUUAUCGAACAGGAAAACCUGAUGCCACCGGUGCAUGAUCGAGUGUCCGGCAUGGUGCAGGACGACAGCUCGCCCUCCACGUUGCCCCAGCAGAAUGGCGUAGCGUCAAAUGAAUCGCCGGUGAAAGAUAAAGUUCUUGCGGAAAAUGGAUCUUCCCGUCAUUUCGCAUCCGUUUUUAAUCAAUCAUCCUCAUCCGUCUCUGCUGGCAGUGAAACUCCAUCGGAACGAUUGCUUCCGAACCUGCAAUCAUCCGUGAACUUCUUUAUUACGGGCACUAACAACGUUACUAAUUUUAACCCUACCACUAACGGGACAGGCGCGGACCAUCUCCGAGCUCCUGGACAGGGGAGCAACGGUUACGUCCCACCGACUGUAGAUCCUGCCUCUAAUGGUACGGAAGAACCUCAUGACAAUGUAUCAAGUCAAGUAGAUGCGGAAGUACCCAAAUUUAAUGCCCGUGAAGACUCUAGUCCACCGGAUGAAGGUGAUUUUUCGGACAACAAUUCGCUCGGCAACCUAUCGUACGUGAGCGAGAAUGGUCUCAUUGAGGAAAUCAUUCUACUACCGAAUAACGCUUACUCCGAUGAUGAUAAUGCUUCCACGUCGGAUGACUGUAUCUAUGCGUACCGUGGUGGAGAACCGGACGGUGCUGCUGGGCAGCUGUUAGACCUGCAGGGUGAUUUACCACCGGACGACGAAACGGAUUUCCUCGAGAUGGAUUUCGACCCGGAACCUAGCUCGGAGAUGGAAAAUUUUAACAGGCAGUCGGAUUUUAUGCUCGGUUUGGACAAUGAUAAGUUUGCUGGCGUAGCGAGGGCUGCAGACGGACAGGAUAAUGCAGGGAAUGGACCGCGUUUGUCACCCAUCGUUGCACGGUCCCCUACGGUGCCGCAACACAAUUUAAUACACCAAGAAUCGGGUCCAUUUCCGAUGGAAAACGAAGCUACAUCACAGAAAGGAAAUGAAACGGGUUUACAUCGUGUACCGGAAUCAAACGACACACGAUCACAACUAUCAGCUCCGGUACAAACGCUUGCUUCGCUGGUGGAAGAGUCUAAAGCGGUAGCUACUGUACACGAUCAACGGGAGCUUAAUGUUGGCGCCAUGGAUAGUUUUGUACCAAGCGUAAAUCGACUGGAAGCUCAAAAAACCGGUGCCAUUCCAAAAAAUGUUCCUAUUCUGAUGGAACGUUCUACGCCGACCGAACGAGAAGGUUUGCCCAACUCAAAGAACCUUCGACUAGAGCUUAGCUUACAAACGGAUGACUCGGGUUUGGUCGACACAUCGCACCGCUACCAGCAAUGUUCUCCCUUUUAUUACAAAUCUGCAGAGUUUGGUGUUAGCAAACGUUCGAAGGGAGUAUUGGAAGCGUCCGGAGAUGAAGAAACGCACUGUUUGGACUGUGCAGAACAAGAGUUCCUGAUGCGGACGAAGCAAGAUCCUACCAGGCAGAGGUUUUGUAACGUUUGCAAUGCAACGAAACAGGAAGCUAAAGGACGAUCGUUGGCAAACGGUGCUGUGCGAUCAUAUGCACGAGAUAGUACAGGGCGUGUCGAACCGCAAGGCUUUUUCUCGCAAGGAUCGGACCGAGAACUGCCAAAAGAAGACGAUGAGACGGCGGUGGAUGAGCUGUUGGAUCUUCGUGCCGAACAGAUCGUAUAUGAUACGUUGCAUAAAAUCAACACACUCAAGGAAAUGCCACCGACCGGCGGGCAGGCGCGUGUUAAUCGUUAUCAAAGCAAGGGCAACGUGCCGAAGGUGUCAGAACAGCACGAAGCCGCCAAAACAAACAUUGGCUGGUAUGAUCAACAAGUUCCGCGUGUCGGUACUAAAAAGAUGCAGGAAGAGGAGCAGAGCGUAACGAUAUACACGUUUAACUGCAGCCUAUUGACAAUAAUGGAAUCAUUGACAUGUUUUGGCCUUACACCGAAUCAGGAAGUGCUUCGGCAGUACUUUUACGACCAGUACGAAGUCGACACGUCCAAGAUGACCAUACCGCAGUAUCUGCUUCACAUGUCCAAGCGCGACUGCAACUACAAGAAACUGAUCGACGCCAUCAAAUCAAGCUGUGAUGAUGAACUGUUGGAUAUACAAUACUACCCGCUUCACCCUUUCUCGGACAUGCCAGAAACAGUGGAAAUUUGCUCCAGUGAGAUUGCAAAACGAUGGACCGCUAACACUAACUUGCGACAAAUUAUUCACUUUAAGCACAAACACUUUCACACGCUAAAUGUUCUUGGUAAAAUAGUGAACAUUCUUCGGCAGCCUUCACGUGGUCGGCACACAAACCACAUGAUCAGUAUACCACAGUACUACAAGAGCGGAAUUAUCAAGAUCCGGCGGAUAGGCGUUUGGAGUGCGGAUUAG